UUGUGAGAACCAGUAUUAAUUAAAAUUGUGUGGAGUGCAUUUCAAUCUAAACAAUGAGUGUUGAUGAAGAAGACUGUAACAUAUUUUUGAAGCCCUCGACUGAGCUAAUUCCUGAUGAAUACCAAAACGAUAGAAAUGAACAUGCUUCAGUGCAUAUUUUCGUUUUCAAAGAACAUAUGGAGAGGAAAUUCGUAGAUUGCAUGAGAUCAUUAGGUUAUAUCGUAAGGGAAAAAAAUAUUCAUAUCUUGUCUUCACGAAAUGAUGCGAUUGCAGCAUUAGAAAGAAUUGGGAAUGGAACCGACCAGAAGUCUUGUUUGAUUAUACUUUUUUGGGGCUCACUAAGAGAUGAUAAAAAAUUUUCACUGAGAGAUGGUUCUUCAGUUAAAUUGAUGGAGAUAUGGAGUAGAUUUGUUUCGUCGAAAUGUCCACUAUUCCGGGAUAAACCAAAAAUUUUCAUAUUCAAUGGAGUGUCAUUGAGAAUUCAAGAUGAUUCUGGUAUAAAACAUUUGGAAAAUACAGUGGAAGAUGCCCUUCCAGUCAGUAAAAUAUCUAGUGGAAUAUUUUCGUACAAUAUACCUGUUGAGGCUGAUAUGUUGAUAGUAUUCAAACAUAAUGAUGAUCUCAAAGGUUCAGUCGAGUAUAUGGACUCAUUAUGUAGUAAUUUCCAGAACUACGCACAACGUGAGGAUAUCUCAUCUCUUCUCACUAUAGCACAUUUCUCGAGUCAGCCAACCCUGAUUUCCACAAUGACUAGAAAAUUUUACUUAGUGCCAAGUGUGCACAGAGGUAUUCAGCUAUCUCUGAGGGAGAAGUACUCGAAGAUAGAGCAAGCAAUUCAAAAAGUGAAAGAAAAUAUAAUAUUUCUUACGAAAGAUGAGAAGCCCAUUCCAGAAAAGCCAGUUGAGAGUUCCGAAGGCUCAGAGCCAGUUGCAGAGCUGAAGCGAUCAUCUUCGAUUGAAGAAAACUUACAAAGAAGAAUAUCUAAGCAAGAUGCACUGAUAAAAAUUCGCUCAAGAUCAAACACCACGUCUCGCCUAAAUGAUCUUGAUAAAUUCAUUUAUAAGAGAAGGGGUUCUGCUGAUCACAGACCAGCUUGGAGAUACUGAAGAACUUCAUCGUAGUUAAGAUUAAGAAUCUACUUUGAAAUAGUUGAAUAGUUCAAUUUGGUUGCUUAUUUUUUAUAUAUUCAUCCUAAUUAUAUGAUGCCUUUUUCAAUUUGAGUAUAUUCGAUGGAAAAAGCUCUUAUGUGCUUCAGAUGGAGUUAGAUGUUUGAUAAUAUUACUAUUUUUGCAGUUUACUUAUUACUUCAUGAGUUGUGUAGAGUAUUUCGCACGAAACUUCAGAAAGUAUUUGCGAAAAAUUGUAUAAAAAGUCGAUAGCUUAUAAACAUUGAUUCUUCUAAUUCUUGGAAUGUAGAUUGAAGAAUUAGAAGGAAGGAAAAUAUUUCAAGGUUUAAAAUAUUUCACACUCAGUUAUGCUACAGAAAAGUUUGUAUUUCGAGUAUCAUUAGAGGAGCUUUAGUAAAGAAUCUAUGUAGUCCACAUUUUUUGCAAAUAUCUAUUUCAUCAAUAGGGUAUACAGCUCAGCUCAAAGAUAAUAUAUUUCAAUGGCUGCAAAACCAGCCAUUUUUUUUAAAGACUUUUGCAUAACUCAAUUGUCCUGAAGUUUUUCAUAAUGGAGAUAUCGAAGAAAAUCAAGCUGUUUAGCGCACCGAAAGUAAAUUAGAGCACCGGAAAAUUUUCACCGAUCUCUUAUCUCAAUUUCCCUUCAAAAAUGACUUAAUUCGAAAUAAAAACGAAAUUAUAUAACACAAUUCGAUCAUAAUAAUCAAUACCAAAAUUUAUCAAUAUUCACAACACUGUUAUUACAAAUAACAGAAAAUUCAGAAAUUAAUUUUGGUUAGGAUUUGACCUUUGUUGCAGAAACAUUGAAUUUCUAACAAUCAUGACUCUCGUUGCGUAUUCGAUUCGUUCAAUAGAUGAGAAGAAAUAAAAAUUAUUCCAGUCAAAUUUGACUAAUUUCAAGAUAUUUCUACUCUCUCUACAGAGAAUGACGACAUUUGUACAACUCGCCAACCAUUCAAUUGUCUAUUUAAGCCACGUAACUGAGCGAUUUAUUUUACUGAGAGCAGGAUCAACAACCAAUACGGCAAAUAUGCAUAGACCUCAAAAUCUAAAGAGUAGUCACUCUGGAGUCUACACUGGAUACUUGAUUAAGACAAGGAGGAUGGUGAUCUUCAACUGCGGGGAAGGGUACAUUGAAGAAUAUAUUAAUAGGAAAAUAGAGGUCUCCCAUAAGCUAAGCGGUUCAUCAACCAUCGAAAACGGUCCAAGAACUUCGAGAACUGAAUGAAUAUCUACUGUUUCAUCAGUGUCGUUGAAGAAUAAUUGCUGCGAAUCGACCAAUUCUACAGAUACCUUAAUAUUGAAAUGUAUAAACAACUAAAUUAAAUGAAUUUUGAAUAUGA